CAUGUGUUUGAUCUUUGUUCUCUUUGUGUUUGUUCAACAGGUGCUAGUGGUUUACAUGGUGAACAAGGCCCUCAAGGCUUCAGAGGUGAACCUGGCCCUGCUGGGCCUAAAGGUGAAAGAGGUCUCUCCGGUCCACCUGGAAUUAAAGGUGAUCAUGGUGAUAGAGGAGAAAAUGGAAUGCCAGGUGUUCCUGGUGCUGCAGGACGACAAGGGCCAUCUGGUGAGAAAGGAGCUAAAGGAUCAGCAGGUGAUUCAUCUGACAAGGAACAGACACAAACCUGA